AUGAGUGCCUCAAUGUCAGCCUCAGCGUGUCUCAGUGAGGCCGAAGGUCCACCUCUCGAUCUUUCCGGAGUGCCUGACGUCUGGGACGGUUUUCGUUCAGCCAUCAGAAACCACCCAAAAGAAUUGGCUCUGGUGUGCACCCAUCAGUCGCACAAUCUGUUUGGUUUUCCCAGUACUGAUCUGCCCGGUCCAGAAGACUGCAGUGUCACGGACGAACCGCCGCCUUACCUUCGCUGGACCUUCCAGACCGUCGCCCAAGCCAUUCUUAAGCUCGUCCUCGCCAAAAGUUCCAUGGCCGCAGAUGCCGGGCUGCUGGAGGAGCUCGGCCCAGGGACUCCGGUCAUCACCUUCCUCCGGAACGGGGCCGACUUUGUGCUUGCAGCUUGGGCAUCUGUCGCGAUGGGCUGCACUUUGACACCGUUGAACCCUUUGACACUGAAGAAUCGAGAUGAGGCGGCCCACAUGCUGAGGACGGCUCUUGCCCUUGCCCCAGACGGCCGUUAUCCGAGGUUCGUCUACGCAGCCGACGCUGACGUGGCCAGAGACGUCGACGAGCUGGACGCGAGCAUCCUUGGGCCUCGCAGUAUCAAAAUCUUGGCUUCUGGGUCCAAGAUAAGAGAAGGCUGGCUUCGUCUUGAUGAUCUGAUCAGUGCGCUCGAUGUCGGUGGCAGCGGCGAUUUGUGCCUGGACACUCUACUUGCCGGCCUAGAAUGCAAGGACCACGCCCAAGCUGGCAUCGUACUCUUCACAAGCGGUUCAACGAGCAGGCCCAAGGGCUUGUUUUGCCGUCACUCUGUCUUGAACACUUACACCAAUAGCCGACUACUGCUUUCACCACCACACCUCCUUCCACAGCCUGGCUCAAGGAUUUGCAGCAUUUUGCCAAACAACCAUGGUAACGGCUGGACCUGUAUUCAAACCGCACACGGCCGUGGCGCAACCCUAGUCUUCCCGGGCCCGGCUUUCUCCACGCCCGAGGCGCUGCUGUCUACUCUCCGCCGAGAACGCAUCACGCACACGCUGUUGGUGCCGACUCUGAUCCAUGCCUUGGUGACAGUCAUGGAAAAGGGCCAGCCACCGCUGGAGUCGCUGCUCAGCAUCACCUUUGGAGGCAUGAUUUUAACCAGACAGGAAAUACUCGCGGCGACGAAAGUUAUCGGGGCCAAAGCAGUUGAAAACGCCUACGGUUGUACCGAAGGCGUGGUUACUAGCACAGGCAUUGUGAGUUUUCCUGAUCUAGGUUCUCACGAGAGAUGGUCCGAUCUGGAAGAGGUCCCUGUGGGAAAGCCACCGAUGGGUCACGGCAUCAAGAUUGUGGAUCCUGCCACGGGCUGUAUCGUUCCUCGAAAUGUCACAGGGGAGAUCCACGGCUAUGGCCCCAUGAUAUCCCGCGAAGGCCGAUGGGGAUAUAUCGGGGAUGAGCAACAAGCUUCCUUCUACGUCGAGAAGGAGAAAAGAAGAGUGUGGUUCCAGACCGGAGAUAUGGGAAGAAUGGACGAGAAGGGAGACCUCUUCAUAGUUGGACGGUACAAGGACAUGAUCAUCCGCGGUGGCGAAAACAUUUCCCCUGCCGCCAUCGAGGCUGUCCUUAUGAAGAACCCUGCCCUCCGCACUCUUGAUCCACAAGUUGUUGGGGUCAGGGACACCAUUGCGGGUGAGGUUCCCGCCGUAGUAAUCAAAUGCGAUGAACCAGUCGCCGCCGUCGCAAAGGCAAUCAGAGAAACUGUGUUCCAAAAUAUGACUAUGAUGCACGUCCCGGAUGUGGUCAUUCCUCUCAAGGACCUAGGUCAAAAGGACUUCCCCCGAACGACUUCAGGUAAAAUCCAGAAGUUCAAGCUAAAGCAGCUUGUGGCAGCCCAUCUUGAAACGCGCGCUGCUUCUUCGGCAACCAUGGGCGCAUCCUCGGGACUCGGACGGCUCGAGGAGCAAGUCAAGGCCAUCUGGGCGACGGCCAUCGGUCUGGGAUCUCCAUCUGAAAUGGACGUCAACGCACCUCUGGGGCAGUACAUCGACAGCAUCGCCAUGAUGCGCGUCCGUGACAAGAUCAGAAGACAAACAGGCGUUGCGCUCCCGUUGGCAGCCAUGGCCCAGGCAGCGACCUUCGUGGAGCAGAUGGAACUUCUGCAUAGCCUGUCGGUGGGCUGUGAACCGGCUUCUAUGACGACGGACAUGGACACCACGCAUCUUGCUGGACGGCAAGAGAGGAUAGCGGCCGCCGUGGCUAGAAUCGAGACACGAAAACCUCCCUCAAGAGAGGAGAUGUCGGAUUUGGGCUUGGAACCGCAACUCUACGAGCCCAUCAGAGAUCAAGUCUUGGAGGCCAUUUCACCCCACGGUUUCGGGUGGGACGAAGUCGAGGACGUUUGCCCCGCGUACGACUCAAAUGCUGUGCAGGCGCAGUGUGGCUUUUACGAUACCAUCAACUUCAACAUGGCCGUUAGUUCGACGAAGGCGACAACCAAAAGGGAACUCCGCAAUGCGUUGGAAGCGGCACUUCUGAACCAUCCCGUCAUGUGCUCGUUCAUGAUUUGGAAUGCGGACUGGCGCAGCGCCAAUUCCAAGUCAAACGAAGCGCUCCACAUCUUCAUGCGCCCAUCGGCGAAAUACUUUGACUCGGCCAUACAAGAUGGCGGCACUGUACGCUGCUUGAAAGACGUCGAAGAGAUCGCACUUGGUGAUACCGCCAAGUCCCAUCACUUCCCGCCACCGUCGCAGAACACGUUCCCUGGGCCGCUCUAUAGAGUCAUGCUCUUCGACGUAGAGGAGACCGGAACCGUGGCAAUGGUGACGUCCGGAAACCACUCCAUCACCGAUCACUCCUCGGGGCAGUUGUUUUAUGACGACCUCGACCGAGCCGUUGCACUUGCUGCCUCUCCGGGCCUCACUUCGAGUGGAUUAGCUGCCGCGAGCAUACAAGCGCAGCUACCGGAACAUAAGGACUACAAAUCCUAUCUGGACCUGCAUCGCGCUCUGCGCAGCUCUCCGCGGGCUUCGGCAUCCGUCAGGUGGCACGUUGAUAGGCUUUCUUCGUUGCCCAGACACGUCGACGCCGGGGCGUUAUGGCCGAGCCCGACAUCCUGGAUGCACGUCUCGUUGGACGAUCAUUAUAGGGAGAGUCAUCAACUGCAACACAGUUUCUCUAUAACAAGCUGCCGAGCAGAUCCCACAGGACCCACGCCGGCAUCCAUCUCCACCGUCGUCAAGGCCGCAGUGGCCGUAGCAAGUGCUCGCAGAAGUGGCUACACGACCACGGGAGGCACACCAGGCGUUAAAUCAAGGGUAGCCGUGUUCUCGAGUGUCGAAGCCGCGCGGAACCACUACAAUCCUUUUCUGCCCCAGUCCGUUACUGCGGUUGAUAAGUUCCACGGCAGGGGAGAGGGCCAUGACGGGUUAUUGCGGUGGGAAGCUAGCGAUGUGGCGGGGCCAACCGUGCAAAUCGUGGCUAACGUGGUUGAGAUGCCGGGAUGCGACAGUGAAUCGAGGGAAACAGUCUCCCAGUUCCUGCGAAGGAUGCAGCGGGAGCAGGGGCUCCAGACCAAACACGCCUCGGCGCCCUGGCGGGCCAUCAUGGACGGACUCGAAGACCCGAACGCCAAGGACAGACCGUGGCCGCUGCUGGCUCUGGUUCACGGCAGCCUCAUGUUCAAUUGGGCUCCUGGACUUGGCGAGAGUGCACAGGCGGCACACGCUUCCGAGGAGGAUGCUAGGCUCUCGCAGUUUGAAAACCUGGACAUGUUGAAGUCGGUGCAGAAGCCGCGAGUCGGGCUCGUCGUCUCCGCCGGCGCCAGCAGCCGCAGUCCUGGGUCGGCCGACAAGGGCUACACCACCACCGUGUUCUUACAUCUCAGGGGGGCUGGACUCGGGUGGGGUCCUGGGGGCGGGAUGCUCUCGUUUGCAAAGGAGAUUGAAGAGGUGACUCGGUGGUUAUCGGCAGAGGGAAAUAAGGGCCUCCCGAUUCAUGAGGCGUUUGGUCUCUAG